CUCUUCCUCAUCCUCCUGCCCUCCUUUCUUCCAUCCCUCACCCUCUCGAAGGGUAUCGUCGCCCGUCAACAUCGACUUAUGGCACAUACCUUCUUCAUUGCCCUUGUUUACGCCCUCGUCUGUUCCGCUCAAACCGCGCCAUCAACAAACCAGGUUUCUCCUCCGCUACAAUGGAUAAAUCUGGGAAGUUUUGCCAGCGGGACUCCACCCAACCCCGUCAAAGAUGCCUUGAUAGGUUAUGAUGCGACAUCAAGCAAACUCAUCGUAUUCGGAGGAUCUUCGUCUGCCGGCCAGCAGACAGGAGAGACCACCAUGUUCGAUUUCAAGGCAGUAACGUGGGGUCCACCAAAUACCCCUCCCGGUCUGGGUGCCAGUCCACCAGCUCGAAGCUUGGCUAUUGCAGGAGGCGAUUAUGCUGCCAGCUAUCGGAGCGCGUUUACCAUGUAUGGCGGUCUUGGGACGGGUGGGCCUCUAGAGGAUUUUUGGAGUUUCGACUUCAUCAGCCAGUUUUGGUCAGAAGGGACCAUCGAUGCUUCCGUACCCGGACCUGGUGCUCGCUAUGGUGCAUCAGGAGGCAUCGAUCCUCUCGUCAGCAAUGCGCAACAGCUCACAACUUCCAUGAUUAUGGUCGGCGGAUCUGACGGCACGAACUUCUACAACGAUGUGUGGGAAUUGCUCAUCACAGGCACCCUCUCAUCCAACAAUGUCAACAUGACGAUCGGCACAUGGAACAAACUUUCCCCCAAUAAUCCCAAUCUGGCAGCUGCUCCUCUUCAAGGCCAAGCAAACACAGUUCUCCCUGGUUCUUUGGUCACCAUCGUUGGAGGUUGCAAUACGACCGCCUCUACCUUGAACAAUGCCACUUGCGCCAUUCCGACAGCUGAUGCACUCAGCUUCUCUUCGGGCAACCCAGCGAAUACCCCUAGUUGGGCUCAGAUGAGUGCGACAUGCCCUGGAGGCCGUUACGGAGCGACACUGGCACCAAAUCUCAAUACGGCUACCAGUACCUUUCAACAACAGGCAUUCAUGAUGUUCGGAUGGCUCGAUCCACUACAGUGGAAUGGUACGUCUCAGGGCGAGGUCGAUAUUCUAAACGCAGAAACGGGUGAUUGGUCCCGAAUUAUUCCAUCGAACGGCGGCAGCGUUCCGUCCCCACGCUACGGAGCGGUAGCGGUUUCACACAGCAGCGUCAUGGUGGGAAGCAGCGACGUCGCAGCAUCUGAUACCGUUAUUUUCGGUGGUGUGGACGUCGCGACCGGCACAUAUCUAAACGAGCUAUGGUUGUUGAGACAGUUCAAUGCGGCUGUCACUUCUUCAACUGGUACAGGGUGGAACGGGUUCGGCGACGGCACGAUCGAAAACGACUACAACGCGACCGGGUCAGGAGUCAGCAACAACUAUCUGACCCAAUGUCUUUCAUAUAAUCCCCUGCCCUCUACGUCCACGGGCACUUCCACGUCCUCCGGUUCCACUCCCACAACAAGCGGAUCUGGCCCAACAUCGGGUUCCUCAUCCGGCACGUUUUACCCCUUUGACACUGCCCCCUCACACAAGGUGCUUUCUGCCGUGUCGAUUGCCGCCUUCCUCCCAUGCCUUCUUAUGCUUCGUGAUGCUUCCACCCCGGCUCCGGGAAGCCGCGAAAUGUCGAUGGCCCUCGUGUACCUGACGUCGACCUUCGCCCUCAUUGCUUACGCAGUGGGCGUCGCUGGCUUUGCGCUCGCAUUCACAUCGAUAUAUCGAGUAUCCCAGCCGCUCACAACACGAUCGACGUCAACGUCUUCGAUCUUCCUGCAGACUGUUCAUGGUCAGGCGGGUCUCGCACUAUUCAUUUGUUUGUACGUCUUGGUCCCGGCAUGGUUCGGCAUUAUGAUGUGUCUUCGGGGAAUGCGGUCAUCAAAGUCAGUUGGUCCGGACAGUCUGUCUAUGAUGGAAAAACUACCGAGAGACUCGACAACCGCCAGCGCGAUCAAUCACGAUGAUAUUCAGAGGCGAUAUUUCGAUGCCAACAACGAUAAUGUUGUGAGCCCACCGCCGCCUUCUGCCGAAGAGCCCGAACGCAAGACAAGGCGAACAUCCUCACCGACGCUUGUCACAACGAAGAUAGGUGAUUGGGUCGGGAGCCGUCGUAGAAGAGUCAGCGACAGCGCGCUAACCCCUACAUCCCCCAUUUCUUCAAACUCCGGCAACAUCCACGAGGAUCCGGAUGGGACACCACCCCAAGCAGUCCAGAGCUUUGAGGUCGUCAAUAGGCCACGAAGAGUCAGUGGGCCAUCCAGGUUGAUGCAGAAUGACUACCGUCGUACACAUCGCAAGCCCAUGCAUAGCUUGAGCGAUGUGAGUUGGCUGGAGCGGAGAGGCCAGAUCGGCGGUGUUGCUGAGCUCGACCUGGUGAUGACGAAAGCAAACUCUUCAGCCAGUCACACACAGCAACAUAACGGUGGUCCUGAAUUCUUCCCUUCGCCAGAAAUGCCAUCGAAUCCCACGACGCCCGGAGUCCCUAAACUUACCUACAUGCGCUUUCCCACAACUUCCACUAUCGUUUUCCGUACCUUUCUCUUUGCGGUACUCACUUUCGCCUGCAUCCUCGCCCUCGUCGCUCUUUUCCAACGAGGUGCCACAUGGGCCUCCGCCGUGUUCCUCGUCUGGACGAUCCUAUUCUAUAUCGCGGUGUUUGCGCUUGCAUGGAAUGGGCGACCACGACCAUCUUCUCUCGCCGUUGUCCUCGCUCGCGUCCGAGAAGCUGGGCAUCACAAUUCUCCACCUGUCCAUGCCCAGUUACCCACACAGAGCCCGGAUAUGACUCGCAGUCUUCCUUCGACAAGGUCACCUAGCCGAACUGGACUGGGGCCGUAUACCUACCACCAGCCACCAUAUCACCGUGCUGCCAGCCGCGAAGAAGAUGCUCUGUCAGGGUCUCACUACCCCAUGAGUGUCGAGAGCGGCGAUGAAGAGGAGGAUGAUGAGCAGCGUCAGCGACAGAUGGAGCUUGAAAUGUCCAACAGGGACGUUGUCGUGAUGACAGUUCCCCGACGGCAGCUCAAAAUUGUGAACGCAUAAUAUUCGGUAUUUGUUCUCUUCUUGUUCCCACAGACAUUCUCAUCUUAUUUAAUGACCGAAGAUCUUCAUUUCGCGGUACCUGCUGUCCUUGCAUUGUGUAGCUGACGUAACGACUCUUUUUCCCAUUGUUGGACUAAUUUGUCUCCCUCUG